ACACGUUCAACACCGUUCGGGACAGUUAAUAUCGGAAUAAUCGUUCGAAAACGUUUAUCAGCUGUUAUCGAUCACAAUUCAGUCGUCGUUUUCAUCAUCAUCAUCAUCGUCGUCGUUGUCGAUCGUUUGCAUUCACUCGUUUCGCGCACAAUUUGACAGACGCUACAUUGGUCAGCGCGCUUAGCGAUCAUUGCAAUGUUGGCUCUACGGUGUGCCGCGAUGAUCGUCGCCGUGUGGCCGCUCCUCGCCGUCACAUCCGUGUCGGUGGUGGCCCGUCAAAAGCGACAGCUGCAGAACUCGUACCUGGGCCUGGGUUCCAACGUGGAAAUACUUCCGGUUGGUGACACGUCUGGAGUGAGUAGCUCGUACAGUGUAGUGGAAACGUCAAAGGUACCCCGCAGAGAGUAUAACUCGUAUAGAUCAAGGAAUGCGCACCGGGAUUCAGAACCAGAACACUCCGAGUACCGGGCGUAUAAUAAGCACCCGUCAACUAGGGGCGGACUUCAUGCUGGAGAAGUACCGGGACCAAAACCAUUCAGGUUCCCCGAAGAACGGCGGCAGACGAAACCACCUGCGACUGAUGCCGAGGACCGGGACGAAGACUUGGACUCGAUACUGGUGCCCGAUCACCGUCGGACGGACUUGACGCCUGCUAACCGAAAGAAAUAUAAGCCUAAGAAGCCACAAACCGAGGACGUGGACGAGGAGUCAUUGGAGGAAUCGAAAUCGGCACCCAGGAACGCCAAAGAGCCGAAACCGGCGCCCAGAAACAUUAAGGAAAUCGUCGAAGAGCGGCCGGCUGAAAGCAAGAUAUCCAGUGACCUGAAAGACGAAGGUAGCCGGUACAUAGGCCACGGCGGUGGCGGUUACGGAGGUGGCAGUGAAUACGACAAGGAGAAGCAUUACGACAAGGAGCAGGGCCAGAAGUUCUUGGAGGGCCACAAGUCAGAGGAGGGUGAAAAGGCGGAAAAGGCUUUCAAGAAGGAGGAAGCCUACGACAAAGGUGAGAAAGAAGAUUACGGCAGCGAUGAGAAGCACUCGCAGGUGGCCGAGAAGGCGGGCGAGAAGAAGGGUCAUGUGGACCAGGCACAGCAUUUUGGUGAGGCAUACCACGGAAACCACGGCGAAAAGGGAAUCUCGGUGGUGAAAAAGGGCGGCCACAAGAAGGGCAAGAAAACGUCCGGAUUCCACAAGGUGCACCACAAGGACGAGUACAAGAAGGACGAAGUGUUCUACGACGAGUCGCACGACGGUGGAGAGCACGAAGAACACAAGCAUGAAAGUGAGAAGCACGCCAAGGAGAAGGGCGGAAACGAGAAGAAGGGUCACUCUGAUACCGGCUAUCACGAAAGCCACGGUACGAAGAAAGCGGAGAGCGAUCACGGCAAGAAGUACGAACAGGCCAAGGGCCACAAGUCCGAGGCCGGUGAGCAGGCUCACCACGGCCAACAGUCUGAAUACGCCAAGAAGGGUGGUGUCAAGGAGGGUGAGAAGUACGGGCACGCAGAUGCUGGCGGUGGUGGUUACUUCGAAAAGGGUGGAUACUUUUGACCGGUGACGCUUGAAUCCGGCGGCGGCGGCGGUGUGUAAGCACCGUGAAGACUUCUUUUUACAAGUUCGAUGACGUUUUUCGGUGUGACACAUGGACAUUCAUAGGCGUUAUAUAAGUUAUCGUCCAUUGCAAGGUUAUACCAACAAAGUAUGUCUAGUUCUCAAGUGUAUUUAAUUUAAUUUUUUUUUUACUAUUAUUAUUUAGAGGUACUUGUUUUAUCUGCAAUAUUGUUGUGUUUUCUAUAAUUUGUAAGGUUUUUCAUGAUAGUUUUCAUUUUUAAGUGUUAUGAGUUAUGGCUUGUGUCAUAAUAAAAAUAUUGUUUAUUUUUAUUGAGU